GUACCAUGGUAUAUCGCGAUUCGGUUUCCUCUUGAUUAUUUACCAGAUCUCCUUGUGACUUCUUCCCCGAAGAUACGUCAUUGCUUGAAUAUUCAAAGGUCUUCGAUUAAACUCCUGGUGAACAAAACUCAUUUACAUAUGCAUGUUCGUUGUAUCUGUAAAUAGGAGUUCGCUUCCAUGUGCAACGCUAUUUAAAAGUCGAAAAAGUAAAUGUUAUUCCGUGAAAUAGAUCGAUCGUCGAACAUUUUUUUUAUUAUCAAGGAGAUAGGAAUCCCUUCAGUAGACCGCCGAUAUUUCACCAAACAACGAUUGAGUGAUCGAUAUCGAGAAAGUGUUCCAUGGCAACGUAAUACAUAUUAAGAAAAGAGGAUAAGAUGGGAAAUACGGAGAGCAAUGUAGCUAGCGGAGUAAAGAAACAAACGGACGCAUCUUCUAUCUUGCUUUACAAAUUAGUCGACAUGAAAGGAGGUGGUUUAUUGGUAAAUAUGAUGAAAAGGGCAACGCAAACUAAACAGUACGCGGAAUUGGACCAUGCUCUAAGAACGAAAGUAGAACCGUAUUUAUACAAUAAGGGUAAAGGUAAAUGGAUUCCAAUCGAAAAGUUAGUUUUGCUGCGAAACAAGGAUCGUCCGAAGCACAAAAUGCUUCCACCGUUGAGAUCUAUGGAGAAUCCUGCCGAUUACGAUAUAGACAAAGAUAUGCAAAGUGAGGAUGAAUUGGACGAGACAAAGAUAGAUAAAAGCAAGUACAGACUAGUCUGCUGGAGCUUAGGCGAAAGAGGAGCAGUCGGCGAAACGAUUUUACACUUAUGCAUGUUACACUCGACUGCUAUUCACAUCGACCUGGCUAAACGUUUAUUACGUUUUUACCCUAAGCUUAUCAACGAUGUAUAUAUCAGUGAUGAAUAUUACGGUGAGAGCGCAUUACACAUCGCGAUAGUAAAUGAAGAUCCGGCAUUGGUAAAAUUCCUUUUGGACAGCGGUGCGGACGUACACGAAAGAUGCGUGGGGAACUUUAUGUGUCCGGAGGAUCAAAAAGCGUCGAGAUCGGACAGCCUGGAUCACGAAUGGGUUUGCGUAGCUCCGGAAACGGAUUAUAGCGGAUACGUUUACUGGGGCGAGUAUCCUUUAAGUUUCGCCGCAUGUUUAGGGCAGGAAGAAUGUUACAGAUUAAUACUCGCCAGGGGAGCGGAUCCCGACAAGCAAGACACAAAUGGAAAUACUGUUUUACAUAUGUUGGUCAUCUAUGAAAAACUGACUAUGUUCGAUAUGGCGUAUGAGGUGGGUGCGUCGUUAGCGAUCAGAAAUGCUCAACAUUUAACACCUUUGACGUUAUCGGCGAAAUUAGCUAGAAUCGAACUGUUUUUUCAUAUCUUGAACAUCGAGCGGGAGAUUUAUUGGCAGAUCGGGAGUAUUACGUGUGCAGCUUAUCCUUUAUCGCAAGUCGACACGAUUGAUGUUACUACAGGAAGCAUCAGUCAUAAUUCCGCUUUGAAUCUGGUGGUAUUUGGCGAAAAGGACGAACACUUGGAAUUGAUGGACGGUGUCCUGGUCGAUCUACUAAAUGCCAAGUGGAACACUUUCGUCAAGUCUCGGUUCUAUCGGCAAUUUUUCCUUUUUUGUUUUUACUUUAUUCUGUCAUUGGUCAGCUUUACUCUUCGACCCGGUCCAACGAUAACAUCCUCUACUUCCUCACUCGCUGUCACUCCUCAUGUCUCUGUUCCAUCCAUCGAAUCGCCCAUAACAACUCUAAAGCCGGAGCAACUCCUCCCAAACGUUACCAAAACUUCUCAAAAUUUAAACCUAUCCCUUCUUCUCGAUAAAGCUGUUACCACUGCCUUUACCUCGAACAUAAAAUAUCCUUCGAAUGUAACAACGGCAAGCUUUGAUAAACUGAAGCUUGAUAUCGUCACCGAUCUAAUGUCUAUCCUGAACAUUUUCUCGACAGACCGAUCUCAAAAUGAGAUCGAACUGUUCAACGAUUCUUACAGGAUGGCUAUUCGACCAGCCGAACAUUUCUACUCCAAAAAUAACGGUACACCAACGGAUUAUCUAAAAAUUACGACGAUCAACGACAGUGUCGCCUUUAUAAAUUCGACGAUACCUUUCGAUAAUAAUACAUUUUCUCCUGGUAGUAACAAACACAACUGGUGGAACAAUCUCACAGAAGAGUGUAGACUAAUGCGUCUAACAACAUUAUCGGCCAAGAUUCGACUAGUCGCCGAAAUAUUAAUGGAGAUUGCGGCUAUUCUUUAUAUUAUUGCAGCACUGCGCGAAGCCAGAUUUCUAGGUCUUAACAUGUUCAUUGAGAAUCUAAUGACUGCGCCGUCGCGAGUAAUGUUCCUCUUCUCCUGUUGUAUAUUACUGUCCUUUCCAUUGCUGAGGUUGGCUUGCGCCGACCAAGUUGAAGAUAUGUUGGCAGUUGUAGUGAUGUUAACGACGGCACCGUAUUUUUUAUUUUUCUGCAGAGGUUUCAAAACGGUCGGUCCGUUUGUUGUGAUGAUUUACAGAAUGAUCAUGGGUGAUUUGCUCCGUUUCGUCUCCAUUUAUUUGGUCUUUGUAAUGGGAUUUUCUCAAGCAUAUUACAUCAUAUUCCUAUCUUUCGAUAAUCCAAAUACACCAGAAGGAGUAGAUGAUUCGGUGAGCAACCCAAUGCCAUCGCCGGUAGAAAGUAUAAUGGCAAUGUUCCUUAUGAGCAUGACGAACUUUGGAGAAUACUAUGGCGCGUUUGAGAGAACGCAACACGAGAUGGAAGCUAAGUUCUUAUUUGUGGUAUAUAUGGCAAUCGUUGCCAUAUUAUUGGUAAAUAUGUUAAUUGCUAUGAUGGGAAAUACAUAUCAGAAAAUCGCUGAAACAAGAAACGAAUGGCAAAGACAAUGGGCACGUAUAGUUUUGGUAGUAGAAAGAGGAGUAAGUCCGCAGGAAAGGCUUAAAAAAUUAAUGGACUAUUCUCAGCCAAUGUCCGAUGGUCGAAGGGCGUUAGUACUUCGAUUGAGUCAAUCGGUAAAAAAUAUGUGUAUAUACAUAUGUAUAUAUUAUGUAAAUACACAUGUAUAACGAAUGAUUAUAGUUGUAAAAAGUGAAACAUUUUUAGGAAGAGGACAAGGAAGAAAUGAAGGAAAUUUUAGAAAUGAAAAGAACUCAUGAUAGAUUGUAUAAAAAAAGACAGAGCAAUGUAGCAAAAAAGAUCGUAACAUCAGAAGAUAAUGCUAUUUUGUAAUAUUAUCACAGAUGUUUCGUCUGUAAUAUUACGUAUGUUCCCAGUCGUUUAAUAUAUUGAGAUACUUUGUUGAUAUAAAAACUGCAUCUUACAUGCAGUAUACAUAAUAAACUCUUAUGAUUAUGAUCUUUCUUGAAA